CCUACUUCCGCUCCUCUUGGAUUCUUUCUCGACAUCGUCUUUUGCUAUUAUUGCUUGUUGUACGUUGUACCAGUCUGUCACUCGCGCUUCAAUCAUGUCCACUUCCACAGCAGCUAGCCACACUCGAUCCCUUUACCGUCGGCUUUUGCGCGAGCUCCCACCUCUUCCCACUCCACGACACAAGCACCCAAAGACACCGAUUCACGCCUCGAUCCGUUCACAUUUCUCGCUACCUUUGGCCAAUGCUUCCCCUGAAUACGCAAACGCCCGCCGUCAAGAAGCCGAACAGUUCAUCACCUAUCUCCGCGCACAGCGCACGUACAAUGUCCUGCUUCAGAGAUACAAUCCCGGCAUGAACAUGGACGAGGAAGAGCGAGUUAGACUUACAGCCAGAAGAGUCGGAAUGGAAUUGCCCAUCGAAUGGAAAAAAUGAGAGUGUGGGACCAAUUCAAUAAAGAGUGCCAGGGAAAAGAUAUAUCCAUCGCCGCCGUCGCCGCCACCACAACAUGGUGCCGGGUGGUCUGAGGUAGUCACCCAAAUUGGGCCGACGAUGAUUAGGGACUUGCUGGUUAUAACGAAGCACGUCUCAUCUACAGUUCCACCAACGCAGAUACGGCGAACCGAUAACCCUGGGAAGACCUUGCCUCAUUGUUACAGUCCGUGGCCGCAUGGAUGGAGUUCAAUCACUCCCACAGCCCGGGCAGGAAUUCAGAUUGGAUAGUGGCGUGUUGGGAGACAUGCAAGAGGUUGACCCCCAUCUCCGACAGAGGGGCAAAAGGUCGCCUAGUUUUUCAAGGCGAUUUACAAGGCGAUUUUUGGAGGUUCGAGUCUCCUCAAUUGCCUAGGACAGCAUUAUCCCACUCCACGAGAACGAUCUCAGCGGGUACGGGCUUUGCGAGAUCAUCACAACGUCUGAAACGAGUUAUGAAAAGCCCCCGAUGAGGUCACAUAAUUCGUGUCUGCUACAUUGCGCGGCCAAGAGACACGAAGUCCGGACAGUUCUACCCAUUAUGACCCUCUUUGCCAAGCAGAAGGGCUAUUCAACGAGUUUAGAGUCGAAGUGGCAAUCUAGGAUGACAAUUUGAAAUUAUCUGUGAUGCACAUAAUCCUGCGGUCUAUCCUGAUCCAAGCAACAUUGUGUACAAUAAAAAGAAACGUCAAUGUCAAUGUAGAACUUUAGAAUAUCAC